CCCUUCUCCCUUCUCUCCCUAGCACGAGUGUAGACGUGCUAACCGAGCGAGGUUCAAAAAGUGCUCUAAUUCAUAAUUAUUUUACUGUACGUAUUAUGAAUAGUUUCUAGUGAAAUAAACAAAAAUGAACAGACUUUCGAAGAUUUUUCAACCUUCUUUGAUAAUACCAAAAAAUGCAAUCGUCAAGAACCAAGACAUUACAUCCAAAAGUCAGCGGCUGAUGCUCGAACAGGGCCUUAUCCGGCAGGCUGGCAACGGUACCUUUUACAUCCUGCCGCUGCUGCAGCGCUCGGUUCAGAAGGCCAUCGACCUGGUCGAUUACUAUAUGCAACGGAUGGCCGGUGCCAAGAAGCUUACCCUACCGAUCCUGACCUCGGCCGAUUUGUGGCGCAAAAGCGGCCGCCUCGAGACGGCAGGCGGCGAACUGAUGAGCACCACCGAUCGGCACGGCAAGCGGCAAAUCCUGGGACCGACACACGAGGAAAGCGUUACCGCUUUGUUGGCAGCGAUUUCGCCGGUUUCCUACCGGCAGUUCCCGCUGCGGUUGUACCAGAUAUCGACCAAGUUCCGAGACGAAAUGAAACCACGUUUCGGGUUGAUGCGAGCGAAGGAAUUCCUGAUGAAGGAUUUGUACACGUUCGAUGUGGGACUGGAUGAAGCUAGGCGAACGUACGACGAGGUCAACGAGGCCUAUCGAGCGCUGUUUGAGACGGUGGGAGUUCCUUUCGUGAAGGUAAGAGGAGACACCGGGGUCAUGGGGGGAUCCACCUCUCACGAGUACCAUUUCCCCAGUGAGGUCGGUGAGGAUCAGUUGGUUUGCUGUAGCGUAUGCGGUAUGGGGUGCAAUCAGGAGAUGUUCGAUAGCAGUAGGCCUUGCGAGCGAUGUAACAAUGAUAAUAUCGUGCGGCAGGCGGGGAUCGAAGUAGCCCAUGCGUUCAUACUGGAGGAUAAGUAUAGCAAAGCGUUGGGCGCUAAGUUUUUACACCAGAACGGGAAACCGGAAACGCUUCAGAUGGGUUGCUACGGGAUAGGAAUUACCCGGCUGAUUGCGGCCGGGGUUGAGGUACUUUCUAGUGAAACGGAGAUCCGUUGGCCUGUUCCGUUCGCUCCGUUUAAAGUCUGUUUGAUUCCACCGAAGAAAGGAAGUAAGGAGGAAACUCUUGUUCAGCCGUGGUUGCAUAAACUGGAGGGAGAAAUCAACAAACUAGUCAUGGUAGGCUCGGAUAUUGUGGUAGAUGAUAGGACUAACCUAACUAUAGGCAAACGGCUUCUGGACGCCAAGAAAACCGGAUAUCCGGUUGUGGUUGUGAUAGGACCUAAGGCGGCCGACGAGGGCGACGAACUAUUUGAAAUUCACAAUCAAACGGACGAGACACAGAAGCUGUUGGGUUUUAGUGAAACAGUUAAAGAAAUUGGAAGAAUUUGUUCGUAG